GGGCACACUUAUCGCUACAAGCUGAUUUUCAGCAAGAUCGUUUUCUGCACGCGGAGAACAAUCACUUGCAGUUUGCAGUUCCGGGAGGGCUGAUCGGCGUUGGGACCAAGACUGAUUCCUAAGUUGUGCAGAAUGGAUCGUCUCGUUAGUCAAGUGCUGGGCGCGGUCGGGAAGCUCCGAAAGGUCUACCGCAAGUUUGAAAUCAGUUUGUUCCUCAUCCGUCGUUUGCUGGGCGCUCGUACAAAGGACAAGAAACAAAUAAAGAUCUCGAAAGUCACCAAGAACGAGCUCUUACUGAUUAACAUCGGUCUAACGUCGACUGAUGGGCGGGUGUUGAGCAUGAAAGGGGAUCUUGCCAAGAUUCAGUUGACUUCGUCCACAUGUUGGAGAGAAGGUCGCGCUUUGGAGACGUAUUGAGAAGCAUUGGCGGCUUGUAAACAAGUACUCCUAUGAAGUCAGCAAA